UAGUAUUAAUUAAUUAAAAUAUAAUAUUAUCUAUAAUAACUGUACUAGUUCAGUUGUACAAUAUUCUUUCUAUACGAAUUCUAAAAUAAAGUAUAUGUUAGUUUACUCUUAUAACCAUAUUCAGUGCUCAAUUUUAAUAUAUUAUUUUAGAUGUUUAGAUUAUGUAACAAAUAUAUUUUUUAUACUUCUUGUUCCAAGUGCAAAAUCACAAGUAAUGUUUGCUUGAAUUUGGUUUUCCAUAAAAGUACACUGUCUGCGCAAAAUAAAAAACAAAAAUUGGAAAAAAACAUUUGUAAGUUUCACUAUGAUGCAUUGGAUAUAUUUACUAAUACUUUAAUUUUGAAAAAUAUUACAAAAUGGAAUACACAUAAAUUAUCACACACAAAUGAGUUGUUUAAAGUCAAAUCAGAUUCUAUUUUUAAAUUAUGUGAUGAUACCGAUCUUCUAAUAAAAUAUCUACAGCAGUGCGUUGAUGGUUAUUCUACAGUGACUGAGAGUACAUUAAAACAUUUUAUGUUAACUAUGGCAAAACAUGGCCAAAUUGAUGGCUUAAUAUUAAUUGAGAAACUCAAUAAAAAGUACAAUUAUAGUAUCAAGAAAUCUGCAUUGCAACUGAAUUUUGCAGAGGCAUAUUGGACAAAUGAUAAUUUAGACAGUAUGUUUAAUAUUUUUGAGGAAAUUUACCCAACAGAAUCUACAAAAAUUAACUAUGUAUUAGAGCCAAUUAUCAAUACUAUAGUCAAAUCACGUGGUAUUGCAUCAGUAAUUAUGGUUUCAAAAUUUGUCAACUCCAUAGUCAUCAAAUAUGACAAUUAUCAUCCAAUGUGCACUUUGUGGAAGUAUUUUUUUUUAAGUGACUUAUAUAAUGAUAACUUAGAAGCUGAAAAAUUAUUACGACAAAAUAAAGAUUUAAUGAAAUAUAUACAAUACCUUGUUCCAAUAAUUACCAAUUACUCAUUGAAAAAACAUAACGUUGACUGUGUUCGAAGACUUAUGGUAAUACUUCUGAAGUACAAUCAAAUUGAAAUUUAUCAAUGGGUUCUAAGAUCAUUAUUUGAAUAUUAUUAUACUUUGGGAAAUGUUGGUCAAUGCAAAGAAAUAAUGAAACACUCCAUUGCAUUGAAUAUACCAAUAACAAAAAAACACCAAUCACAAUUAAUCAACAUGGUACUCAAAAAUAAACAACCACAACAGAUCAACAAAGAAGUUACCGAAACAAUUUUUAAACUUAUGUUUUAAAUUGUAUUAAAGCAUAAUAAUUGUA